ACAAUCAAUUUUAAAAAUCGAUUAGUUUUAAGGUUGUUUUUCUUCUACAAAGAAACUUGCUUUUUGAUUUCUCUGUUGCCCCCUGUAGGAAGUUGACGAGUUCUUUGAUCAAGAAAAAACCUUCCUGGUAAACUACUACAACAGGAUCAAGGACUCGUGUGCAAAAGCUGACAGAAUGACAAGAACUCACAAAAACGUCGCAGAUGAUUAUAUUCAUAUUUCGGCUGCCCUAACGUGUAGCUGAAGAGGAGAACACUCAAGUUAGAAAGUACUUGCUAAAGUUGGCCGAGUUGUUUGAAAAGCUUCGGUUCACAACUGGGUCGUGCAGUGAGGAGAUUUACAGUUGUGAGAUCUGUGCAAAAGGCUUUCAGUUAACGCAUGCUCAAUCGUCACCUCAAGUGUCAUAAUCAAGUAAAAAGGCACCUGUGCACCUUCUGCGGGAAAGGCUUUAAUGAUGCUUUUGACCUAUAAAGACACGUGAGGACUCGCACAGGUACUUGCUAAAGUUGGCCGAGUUGUUUGAAAAGCUUCGGUUCACAACUGGGUCGUGCAGUGAGGAGAUUUACAGUUGUGAGAUCUGUGCAAAAGGCUUUCAGUUAACGCAUGCUCAAUCGUCACCUCAAGUGUCAUAAUCAAGUAAAAAGGCACCUGUGCACCUUCUGCGGGAAAGGCUUUAAUGAUGCUUUUGACCUAUAAAGACACGUGAGGACUCGCACAGGCAUCCGCCCUUACAAAUGUGAGAUCUGCAACAAGGCAUUUACUCAGAGGUGUUCCCUGGAAUCUCACCUUAAGCAAAUCCACGGGGUUCAGCAGGGUUACGCUUACAAACAACGCAGGGAUAAGCUCUUUGUCUGUGAGGAUUGUGGCUACACUGGACCCUCCCAAGAGGACUUGUACCUACAUGUUUAUGAUAGCCACCCAGGAAACGCUUUCCUCAAGAAAACCACCAAAAAACUGGCAGCCAUUUUACAAACCAAAAUCACAUCUGUUCUUCAGAUAAAGUCCACAGCACAAGAAGAGGUGGAGGCAGAGUGAGAAGACAAACGGUGCUUAGACAGAUGUUUACAGAGUUUAUUAACUUUAUGAAACCAUUUUUUAUUGCCUAUUUUAUUGCUUUUUUUUAAAGUGGGGAGAUUUCUAAAUUAUACAAUGAACUCACCGUGGUUGGAUAUCUUUUUUUACAUUAUGACAAAUGAUUGGGCCAAAAAAUGUAUUCAAGUAUACAUUUUUAGAAUAUGAUUAUCUCGUGAAUGUGGUAUGAACUGUACAAUUGUAUAGCAGUGUAAAUAAAUAUAUUAGCCCUUAAAUUGAAGUAUAA